AUCAGACUAUCAAUCAGCUGUUGUUCGUCGUACCUAGAUUCGUUGCCAUAGCAACGGAAUAACCAUACUAUCAACAAUCUGGUCUAGAAUUGAAUUCGUUGAAAUAAGAUAGAAUUUCGACGAAUUUAUUCUCCUCUCUAUUGUACAUAGAUUUAUCAACAACAACAUGAGUGCCAGUGCGGAUAAAGAAAAAUCAGAAAAUCGUCCGAGUUCGAGACCUUCGUCAUUUCGCAAAGUGUCCGCUUCCGGUAACAUUCGCGAAGAAACUGAUCAACGAAGAGAAGCUCUCUCGCUUAUCAGACAAAUGUCUGCUCGUCCUUUGGAUGACGAUUCGGACGAAUCUUUGGAUGAAAACCACGAUCGAGAAGACGAAGACGACGACGACGAUGUCCAAGCUCCAAUGCCGGACGGUGCCUACGAUCCGAAAGAAUUCGAACAAAUACCAGCUCCUGCUGAAAUCAAGGAACUUUUCCGAUACAUAACCAAGUAUACUCCGCAGCACGUAGAACUAGAGUACAAGUUGAGUCCUUUUAUACCGGAUUUUAUUCCAGCUAUCGGAGAUAUCGAUGCUUUCAUCAAAAUACCUCGUCCGGACGGAGUUCCCACCGAUAUAGGAUUGACUGUUUUAGAUGAACCUUGUACCCAGCAAAGUGAUCCGGCUGUAUUACAGCUACAGCUGCAAGCAGCCACUAAACAAUCUUCGGCUAAACGUAUCAUAGUCAAGAGAGUCGAUAACGCUGUGAAAAAUUACAAAGCUAUUGAUCGAUGGGUGAAAGAUAUCAAUAAUUUGUAUAAAAGUAAGCCUUCUUCGUCGUUGGUGUAUAGUAAACCUAUGCCUGAUAUUGAUACUUUGAUGCAAGAAUGGCCAGAUGAAUUUGAAGAACAACUAGCCAACGUUGGAUUGAGCAAAGAUAUUAAUUGCGAUUUGCUUACUUACGUAGAUAUCGUCUGCGCUAUGACUGAUAUUCCUGUUUAUGAAUCUAGAAUUGAAUCUUUACAUUUGUUGUUUUCUCUGUACGCUGCUAUCAACUCUUUGCAGAUUAAAGCUGAUCCGGCUACCGCCGAGUUGAUCGAUAAUUAGGGUUGAAUUUUUAAAAGUGUACAGCACACGUAUAGGUAAAUUUAUUUACUAAUUAAUCGACUAAAUGCGAAUUAAAUUACCUACCUAAUUGUAAGUGUCGUAUCGACUUUUAUAAUAUAGAUAAUUUUGUUUUUGUAUGAAGGUUACCAGUACCUAUUUUUGAGAAAAUUCUAAUUAAAAAGUGUUCAUACGAAGAUAGAAGGUACCUAUGUUUUAGUUUCAUUCCGUUUUUUUAGAU